CUAUGGGAGGCAUGGUGGGUUGGUUCCUUUGGGUAGCAUCAGUGGCGGUGGUUCUUGCAGUGCUUGGGGAAGCUCGAGUUCUUGGCAGUAGUCGGCGAUUCCGGGAUUACGAUUUUGAUUUUUCACAUCUCGGUGAAGCGUUGUACGGGAGCCAUGAUACGGCUGCGAUUGGCGAGUUGGUACGAGCGUGGUCCCGCUCGCACAAUGCCAGCAGUGUGAAUCCGGAGGAGCUGGGAACUUACGCCGAAGGUGACAUCCAUCAGCCGCUGAUUGAACGGAACGCGCUCAAGUUCACCAGCAGCAAGUGGAAGAAGGGUGUAGUGCCAUACGAGUUUAGUGAUGAGUUUUCGAUCGGUGAUCUGGCCAAGCUGUUUUCGGCGUUCGAACAGUUUCAUCAGAAAACCUGCAUCCGAUUUGUGCCGCGCACCAAGGAACGUGACUACGUAGUGAUCGAGGGCCGCAGCUCCGGAUGCUGGUCCGCCGUAGGUCGGAUGGGUGGCCGGCAAGUGCUGAACCUACAGCGCAACGGCUGUCUCCAGAUGGAGGGUACCAUCGUGCACGAGCUGAUGCAUGUGCUUGGCUUCCUGCACGAGCACACCCGCCACGAUCGGGACCGGUACGUGAACAUCUUCUUCCGAAAUGUGCGCCCCAAUCUGGUCAGCAACUUUGGGCGCGAAAGUGAAUCGCAAACCACCACGCUUGGCAUGCCGUACGAUUAUGGCAGCGUUAUGCACUACUCCAGAACGGCGUUCAGCAAAAACGGCAAACCGACGCUGGAGCCGAAGAUCAAGUACAGUGGGCAGCUUGGACAGCGCGUCGGCUUUUCGGUGAAGGAUGUACAGAAAAUCAAUAAGCUCUACUGUCAUCGGUGAGCGGACGUUUGUUGGGGAGGUUGGGG